AUGGAAGACGAUAGAGCCAAUCGUCUCUUUCAAGCUGCGGUACAGCGAGGCAACAAAGAGGACAUAUACGAGCUACCUGGGAGGGGGGCGGGUCCUAAUUUCAAGGGCAGAGAUGGGCGAACUGCGCUACACAAAGCGGCAUUGUUAGGGAGGUCUCUGGUUGUUCAAGAGCUACUUAAACUCAAGUCUAUCGAUGUCAACUGUCAAGAGCGCACUCUGCACGACGCGGUAUGUGGGAAGGAUGUUCCUACCAUAGAGUUACUGCUUGAGAGAGGAGUCGAUGUGAACUGUAAGGAUUCCCAUAGACACACUCCACUGCACCACGCAGUGCUUGGGAAGGAUGUUCCUACCAUCGAGUUACUGCUUGAGAGAGGGGCCAAUAUCAACUGUCAGGGCAACUGGGGGCGCACUCCUCUGCAUGACACAGUGCUUGGGAAGGAUGUUCCUACCAUCGAGUUACUGCUUGAGCAAGGGGCCGAUGUCAACCGCCAGGGCAUCAGUGGAGACACUCCACUGCACCACACAGUCCUUGGGGGGGAUGUUCCUACCAUCGAGUUGCUGCUUGGGGGGGGGGGGGGGGGGGGCGAUGUCAACUGUCAGGACAACGAGGGGCGCACUCCACUGCACGUCGCAGAAUCCAGAACGAGUCUUCCUGCUAUCGGUGUACUACUUGAAAAUGGAGCCAGAAUUUUGUGUAAGGACAAGAAUGGAUUUACUCCACUUCACAGUGUGACAGAAUACUUAGAAACCUUAAUCGAGAGUCCUAAGGACUUCAGAACUAAUAAUUCUAUUGAAGAAUGUCGGCGGGUGAUCGAUGAGGUUAUGCGGGCCUUACCACCACGCCACCCUGCUAUUAAGACUGGUCUCAAGGUCCUCGAGGUCCUCGGGGUAGUUGAUAAUUUACCGGAAGCUCAUGCAACGAAUUCUGCCUGCCCUGCGAAAAAACCAGAGAGCAGCGGUUGGAGCUGCGAUAAGUCCUUGGAUCAAGAAGUAGAAUACAAUUCGAGUGCUACAUUAUCCAACGAAGAGUCUCCGGAGCCCAAAAUACGCAAUGACACCGUAUCAAAUGCGCCUUUGUCUGAUGAUUUUACAGGAGAAAUUUCAUCAUCUUCUAGCAAAGGUUGCAUAACUUUUGAGCUGAGCCAAGGGGAUGAGAGUGGGAGUACUAGCGAGAAUGACUGCGAGGACAUCGAUGACGGCACAAAUGAAGAUGAGGGCACGAAUCAAUAUGAGGACGCGGAUGAAGAUGACGAGGGCGACAAUGGUGACGAUAGUGACUACCAUAUAGAAGUAUCGGACAACUUAGAAGGUACUGGGGCUUAUCGAUACCACGGAGGCAAUACAUCUAAUCCAAAAGGGAAAGGGAAGCUUAUCUCCAAAAAGCGAAGCAUGUCUCAAAGCUUUGGGGGUCAGUCGAACGACCAAGAAGAUGAUGAAUCUUCUAAUCAACCUUCUAGAAGACGAAAAGGAUAG